GUCUGAUUAUCACUUAAAAUAUAAAUAUACGCACAUAUUCGGGUGAAAGGUCAUAGAAUGUCAGAGGUCACUGCAGGCGCGUCACACCUCGUAAGGGUAUGAACAAGGCCUACCUCAUUUACAUACAUAAUGAGGUGACGUAGCCUCAUUUGCGUGUAUAAUUAGAUGACGUAGCCUCAUUUGCAUAUUAAAUUCCGCAAUGGGGAGUCCGUCUCCGGGCAAAGCCCACGUGUGACGUCAGGAGUAAACUUUUCCUGGUCUGGCGCGCUCAGCUGAUGACUGUUCGGGUAGUGUACACAUAAAAUGUGAGUCCCGCUCAACAUGGUUCCCGACUUGUCUCCCCUGCAGAAAGAACUUCUUCAAGCUUUGCUAAACUCCGGGCUCACGAAGGAAGAGUUGAUCCAAUGGCUCCAGUCCACACAGGUAGAUCGGGAAAAGGAGGACCAAGAAGAGGUCCUGCGAGUGUCCAAACUUGAGGUCGACGUUGACGAAGACGAAGAUGAAGCGAUGGAGGAAGCGGUCGGCAGAAACCACCACCAGGCCGAUCGCGGUCCCUCGGGACGCAGUCGUACCGGCUCCGAGAAGGAGAACGAGCGCGCCUUCCACGCCAAAUUCGCUCACCUCAGAUCUAACGGUCAACCCGGCAGCUUGGUGGAACACCUGUUAAGAGAGGAUCCAUGGAAGGCAGCCAAGAUCAUCAAGUCCUACAUGCAGCAGCACAACAUCCCCCAGCGGGAGGUGGUGGACGCUACAGGCCUGAACCAGAGCCACCUCUCACAGCACCUCAACAAGGGCACUCCCAUGAAGAACCAGAAGAGGGCGCUGUUGUACAGCUGGUUCGACAGGAAACAGAGAGAGGUCCAACAACAUUUCUAUGCUGUAGAGUUUGCCGGCACCACCGGGCUGGACCUCGACGACGGGUACGACUACGGACCGGACAGUAAAAGGGCCAGGAGAAACCGGUUCAAGUGGGGGCCUGCAUCGCAGAGGAUUCUGUACGAGGCUUACCAGAGACAGCGCAACCCUAGUAAGGAAGAGAGGGAGGCACUGGUAGAGGAAUGUAACAGAGCGGAAUGCCUGCAGAGAGGAGUGUCUCCCAGCCAGGCCAGUGGUCUUGGCUCCAACCUGGUGACCGAGGUGCGAGUCUACAACUGGUUUGCCAACCGGAGGAAAGAGGAGGCCUUCAGACACAAGCUGGCCAUGGACGCAUACCAGCAGCAGCAGAUCCCCCAGCAGCCUCAGCAACAACAGGCACCACAGCCACAGCAGCAGACGCAGCAGCAGCAGCUACAACAGCAGCUGCAGCAGAGCCAGGUGCAGCAGCAGCAACAACAUCAGCUCCCUCACCAGCAACAGCAGCAUCAGGUGCCGGCUAGCCUAAAAGAAGCAGUGUACCAGGCAGCUAACCAAUCCCAGCAGCCUCCAGUGCAGCCGGUCAUGGCCAGUUCAGCUGCCACGCCCACACACCACACCUCUGUUGUCAUGGUACCAGGGACCAUGCCAUCCAGUGGGCUCCAUCGCACUCAGGGGACAACCACACUAGCUAACAUGGACACAGGGGAGCUACAGACAUUGCCCCCUGUGAGUUCGUUGACUCCCAUACACCACAACAGCAGCCCCCGCCACACCCAGACACCCGAGCCCUCGUCACAACCCUCUCACUCCCAGAAUCCUCAGCAGCACACACCCCUGCCUGGAGUCCUGUCAUUUGCACAGAGUUUGAGUACAACACCACAAGGUCAUGUGAUCCUUCAAAACGUUCCGACCAAUCAGCUUCUUCAUCACGGCAUCUACAGUCAGCUGGCCGCUCAGCACCAGGCGGCCCUGUCAGGUCGGAGGUCACCGCCCCCCAGAACACUGACCAGGCAGGAGUUCAUGCAGGCGGUAGCUGAGCUGCAAAACCAGUCUAUGGGUUAUCACCAGAAGUCAGACCAGACUUCCAACCAGCAGCACAUGACACUACAGCAGCACCUGCAGCAGACCAGGGUGCCUUACAGCGCGCAUGUUUCCAUGGCAACGGUCACGGAAAACCGCGACGCAAACCACCUGCAGACCAGCAGGACCAACGAGAGCGAGCUGCUGCAGCAAGGCGCCACAGUGCGGGUGCAGGUGCCCAAUAACACAGGUAUGGUUAUCUAUGAGCACCAGGGCAGUCAGACAGUGGCAGCUGAGGAGACCGUCAUGUCCACCAGUGAAGACCCCAUGGACAGUUACAAUGUUGCACAGGAGGUUCAUGUAUCUACAUCCAAUAUGUGAGACCAUCACAGACAACAACAUUUAUCCCUCAUGGUAAAAUGCAUUUUAGUUUGCAGUGAUUUCAUUUUGCAAUAUAGACAAAAUUGAGCAUUCGUGGUCAUUUUGAGUUCGACAAUAAAGCUAUUGUCACAUACAGUUAUAGAAACACCAGCUCCUUUAUGGACAGUCAGUAUAUGAAACUGACUACCAGCGACUCAGCAAGUGUUUCAGACAGAUCGAACAGUUGCCUCUGACACAUUAUAUUUUACUGUACAAUGUAGAAAAAGUUCUACUAAGUUGUAACGCUAACAGAGGGGGGGUAGGCAGGCAGAAAAAAUUGCGAAUUUGAAUUCAUUUACUUUAAUCAUUUUUUUCCGAUCUCCUUCUUUGAUGUGUGCUGUUUCAGUGCCCUUAUUCUGGGCCCACUUUUCUCUUGUUUGUAACUCGUUGCAUUUUUGUGUUCUGACAAUCACACUAAUCCUUACGCAAUAAAACCUUACAUACGAAUGUUAUUUGAUGUAGAUGUAUAUAAUAAUGUCAUUUUGCAUGAAAUUGUUGCAAUGUUAAGAUGAUUCAGGGAGUGUUCCAUAUUUGAUAUAGAUAGAAAUAAUUUGUGUACAUAGAGAAAGCUGAUAUGAUCCUAUUUCAAUGUAUGCAUACAUCAGGCUAGAGAAGUGUGAUCUGGCAGCAUCACCAAUAAUUAUUAAUCCUGAGUUUUUAAUAAAUACAUCAUUGCGAGGUGACAAAAUUGUAGUUGAAGACUAAAAAUGUCUUUUAUAUGUAUAUCUCUAUUCAGGAUCCCUGCCAAUAGAAGUACAGAUAGUAUAUACUGAGAGAGAUCCUAACUGGAAUCUCUGUCAAUGGAGAUUUCAAUAAUUAUCUCUGCUUUCAGAAUCAGCAACUCUGUCAGAUUCCCAUCUCUAGACUCUACCCUGACAUAUUUUUAUGACACAAAAUAAUUCAAACAACUGGUAAAGUCUCUAGAUAGUGUUAACUGUUGUUGUUUGAUAUAUUUUGAGUAUUGUAGUAUCUUACCUGUAUUUCUAGAAUCUUACAUAUAGUUUUGAAUGUAACAAAAUAGUUUUUGAAAACAAGUUUGAAUGUUUGAAGCAAGACUCAGUGUUAGUAUCUAUUCGUUAAAUACAAUGACUAUGGAAAAUGCCAGGAAAAUUUUAAAGUUGUAAAUCAUGCUUGUCCUUUAGACACCAGUUAUAUCCAGUGCUAUAUAUUACAUAACACGAUGAUAGUAUAGUAGCUAGGUUUAAGACAACAUUGUGAUUUUACUUUUAUUGAUAUUGUGCAGAGACAAUCUGAAUUCAAGUGUUGGUAUGAGAUUUUAAAAUUGUACAGAUAUAUGAUUAUGUGAUAAGUGAUUACUGGUGCUAUACAUAUUGAUCAUGCUAAUGGUUUGCAAGUUCGAGAACUAAUGAGAUUCCAUUUGGGGGUAAAUGACAUUGAGCCUUGCAUGGCUGUUGUGUUGACUGGUCAAGGAGGUAAUCUGCAUCAAUGUUGCCUAUUGAUAGAAGAAGAAACUAAGAAUUUGAGGGCAAUGGGAACAAUAUUCAGUUUAGCAAAAGGAAUAUGUUUUACAGGAGUCAUUAUCCAAGUCCCGAAUAUGCAAAAAAAGUCACAAAGGUGCCUUCCAUUUAUAGAUCUAAAGCCCUGUUCACACUGGGCAUAUUUUCAAGUUAUUAUGAGUUGCAUAUUUACACAUUUUUGUCUUAGAUGCUGUCUUAAGUUUUCAGUUGCAGCCAAAUUUUUUUUUCGAUAUCCAGGCUGCACAACUAACGUACAGUGAUCAAAAUAAAUAAAAAAGUCUAGUUAGGUAACUUCUUCUUAAUCUUAGCAAAAAAACUGAACAAAAAUUUGAUGCUGAUAAGUCUGAGAAUACGACUUCAGCACCAAGGACAGGAACAUAUUUUGUACAGGAAAUGGCAACUACAAUCAUACCCCCCCCCCUACACCUGUCCAAACAUAGAAUUGCAAAUAUUUGAAGGACAUGCAACAACUCUCUCUCUCUCAUUGGUUCAACCUAGUGUUGCUCUUUUCUCAUUGGUUGAACUGCAAACAGUGAUGGACCAGCAAGUUUGGUGCUUUGUGAAUGUGGAGUAUAGGAAACCUUUGUGUGGUAUGUAGCAGAUAUACUGGCUCUAUUGUGGUGUACCAAAUAAUAUCCAAUAUACCGUUUGAGAGAAUAUAUUAUUUGUUUGAUGUAAGCUAUGUUUUAUUCUGUUUCUCAGCAAAUGAAAUAUGCCAGCAUCUGAGCUGGACUGAGUGACACAAACAUAUUUCCUUUUAUUCCUCCGAAUCGAAUUAAUUUUUUAACCUUAAUUGAACUGUAAUUGCAAUGAUAUUCUAUGUCUUAAACAAAUAUAGAAAUAUAUAUAUAUUGAUGAAUAAAAAAAUCACUUCUAUUUUCAUAAUUUGCUGUUUGCAACAUGUGGAAAAUAAAGUUUUAAUCUUAGAAA